AUGUCAUACCAAGCCUUCACAUAUCGCUAUCAAUUUCUUUUGAGAAAGGCGGAAGAGCUACAUAAACAGGUAGUAGCCGGCCGUAAGGAGGUUUUAGGAUCAGGGGAUACCGAUACUCUGAGCAGUAUGACCGACCUAUCCUUCAUAUAUCGCGAUCAAUAUCGCUGGAAGCAGGCAGAAGAUCUACAGAAACAGGUGGUAGAGAUCCGCCAGCGAGUCUUCGGACCAAAGCAUCCCGAUACUCUAGUCAGCCUCGAUUCCUUAGCCUUGAUCUUAAACGAUCCAGAUCGACAGCAGGAGGGAAACCGCUAA